AUGGCUUUAACUGACAAGGAAUUAUUUGAACUUAAUAAGAAGGCUGUUACUCAAGGUUUCAAGAUUAACCCAAGAUUGAAUUACAAUACUGUUAGUGGUGUUAAUGGUCCUUUAGUUAUCUUAGAAAAAGUUAAAUUCCCACGUUAUAAUGAAAUUGUCAAUUUAACUUUACCUGAUGGUACUAUUAGACAAGGUCAAGUGUUGGAAGUUAGAGGUGAUAGAGCUAUUGUUCAAGUUUUCGAAGGUACUUCUGGUAUCGAUGUCAAGAAAACCACUAUUGAAUUUACUGGUGAAAGUUUAAAAAUCCCAGUCUCUGAAGAUACUUUAGGUAGAAUCUUUGAUGGUUCUGGUAGACCAAUUGAUAAUGGUCCAAAAGUUUUUGCUGAAGAUUAUUUAGAUAUCAAUGGUUAUCCAAUUAACCCAUAUGCUCGUAUCUAUCCAGAAGAAAUGAUUUCUACUGGUAUUUCUGCUAUCGAUACUAUGAAUUCUAUUGCUCGUGGUCAAAAGAUUCCAAUUUUCUCUGCUUCUGGUUUACCACAUAAUGAAAUUGCUGCUCAAAUUUGUAGACAAGCUGGCUUAGUUAGGCCAACUAAAGAUGUUCAUGAUGGUCAUGAAGAAAAUUUCUCUAUUGUAUUUGCUGCUAUGGGUGUUAAUUUAGAAACUGCUAGAUUCUUCAAACAAGAUUUUGAAGAAAAUGGUUCUUUGGAAAGAACCUCAUUAUUCUUAAAUCUUGCUAAUGAUCCAACUAUUGAAAGAAUUAUUACUCCACGUUUGGCUUUAACUACUGCUGAAUAUUUAGCUUAUCAAACUGAACGUCAUGUUUUAACCAUUUUAACUGAUAUGUCUUCAUAUGCUGACGCUUUAAGAGAAGUUUCUGCAGCUAGGGAAGAAGUCCCAGGUAGAAGAGGUUACCCAGGUUAUAUGUAUACCGAUUUAUCCACCAUCUAUGAAAGAGCCGGUAGAGUGGAAGGUAGAAAUGGUUCUAUUACACAAAUCCCAAUUUUGACUAUGCCUAAUGAUGAUAUUACACAUCCUAUUCCUGAUUUAACAGGUUAUAUUACUGAAGGUCAAAUUUCUGUUGAUCGUCAAUUACACAAUAAAGGUAUUUAUCCACCAAUUAAUGUCUUACCAUCAUUAAGUAGAUUAAUGAAGAGUGCUAUUGGUGAAGGUAUGACUAGAAAGGAUCAUGGUGAUGUUUCCAAUCAAUUAUAUGCUAAAUAUGCUAUUGGUAGAGAUGCUGCUGCUAUGAAAGCUGUUGUUGGUGAAGAAGCUUUGUCAAUGGAAGAUAAAUUAUCAUUAGAAUUUUUGGAAAAAUUCGAAAAAACAUUUAUUUCUCAAAAUGCUUAUGAAAAUAGAACCAUUUUUGAAAGUUUGGAUCAAGCUUGGAGUUUAUUAAGAAUCUAUCCAAAGGAUAUGUUAAAUAGAAUAUCGCCAAAGAUUUUAGAUGAAUUUUAUGAUAGAAGCAGAGAUGAAGAAGAAGAACAAGAAGAAUAUCAAGACCCGGAUGUCAGACCAACUGAAACUAAACAACAAGCUAUUACCGAACCUAGUUUGAUUUAA